AUGGCCUCCGACCAAUACCACGACGGACUCUCUAGGGCUCUAGUUUCUCGGUCCGAGAUAGAAGCCCGGCUGGCUGAGGCAAUGCGGCGGGUCGACCUAGGCCAGCCUCUUGACAGCGCCUCCCUCAGCAUUCAAACUCUACCAGAUAGCUACCCGACUGCUGGCUACGCCUUGCUCCCUGCCUAUUCUUCCCGUACCUCGACAGCCUCUACAGUCGUCCCUGCUAUCCGGUCUUCGAGACCUUUAGCCAUCGCCCCUCCUCCUCCUCGCGCCUCGAUGGCCGUGGCCGUCGUCCCUCCUCCUCGCACUCCGACAGCCGCGACGGCCUCUACAGUCGUCCCUGCUAUCCGGUCUUCGAGGCCGUUAGCCAUCGCCCCUCCUCCUCCUCGUGCCUCGAUGGCCGUGGCCGUCGUCCCUCCUCCUCGCACUCCGACAGCCGCGGCGACUUCUGCCAUACACCCCAUGGAGCAGCGCCGUCUGGCGACGAUUGAGAGUCGGAACCUGAACCGGAUCGAUUUACGCAUGCAGCGAGAGGGUAAGGCCUCUCCCUCUGCAGCUGAAGCCGAACGCCGACUAAACCGGCUCCGGAGUCAGGCUAGCCUGGCUCAAAACAUGGCUAUCGCGCGUACACCCUCCGCCGUGGGUCUCUUCCAAAACACUUGCGCCACCGACCUGCUCUUUCUCAUCGACACCACUUUCUCCAUGGACCCAUACCUCGAGGCUGCCAAGAACCAGGUCACCAGCAUCGUGGGUGACCUCAGCGCUGCCUUCUUCUACAAAGCUACGCUCCGGGUGGGGGUCGUGAGCUACAAGGACCACGGCGACAAUCCCCACAUCCAGUCCCUGGACUUCACCUCCAAAACCGAUGAAGUCUUUGCCUUUCUCAGUUCUCUCUAUACCAGGGGCGGGGACAAUCACGACAGCUACGCCGAGCCUGGCAGCGAGCCACACGGCCUCACCCACCCCUCCAUCCUCCAACAGAUGAUCCGCCAGAACAUCAACUAUACCCUUCUUCGCAUCAAUCAUAGCACCGACCGGAUGGCUUACGUCUUCUACCAGGCAUACGCUGCCUACUCUCCGGACUGCCACUUACUUGAGUCCAACAAGUAUGCAGCCGAGGCCCGUGGCCUCUCCGGCUCCUCUAAACCCGGUUUUCAGGGCUGGACGGCGGCCACCCAGCAGGCACCUAGGAAUGUCAAAUUUGCUGAGCUCAAACUCGGCACCUCCUAUCACUCGCUGCGCAAUCUCGUUGUAAACUUCGUCACCACCUCCGUCACCAAUUCCGCCACCUUCAGUUCCGAAGCUGGCACAUGUCUUUCCUCCGAAACCAACACCGGGAUCAGCUCCCGGCUCAACUCCGCGUUCAGGAGCGGAUUUGGUAGAGGAGGAAGCCAUUUUAGUACGGGGCAUACAUCCAUUUCAACCGUUAAGGCCUCAUACCCUACGGAUUCGUUGUCCAUCAGCUUGGAGACCGAGCCACCCCAAUGGGACACUCCCGGCUGGCUCAAUGAGGAGAUCAAGUUUGCUGCCUACUCAACCGAGGUGCUGGCACACGGCGACAGUACGCUCGAUCGUAUGAUGGACAGCCAUGACAACAUCAUCAUCCACACUACCAACCUCACCGUAUCGAAGCGAGACAAGCCGUUUGCCAAGGGUGCCAUGCGGUUUGCCUCCUACGCCCGUUCGGGCGCCUCGCGGAACGAGCUGGUGGUCAAGACAUACAUUCGCGAGGGUAUGACCCUCCUCCACCUGAUAGAGGACAUGCGCGCCCAGGCGCUCUGCAAGGCGUUUGCUCUCGAGUUCAACGCGAUGCUUCCCGAGCAGUACUCGCUCGACUUCAUCGUAGUCACCUGCCUUGAAAAGGCGUCCGAGGCUGGCAAGGCUGGCGCACAAUGCAUGUCACUUGAGCCCAGAAUCAAGGGCGAGUACAUCAAGUACAACUCCAACCAAGGCUACGUCAACGAAAGCAACCCAACCGACCCCAUCUUUCAAGCCACCCAGGCCUUCUCCCACUUCACUUUCGAGCGCUCCGGGGCCACUUCAUGCGUCUGCGAGCUGCUUGGCCUCCUGAGCAACCGCAGCAUGGUCGCCUCGGGCAACUACAAGUUCAGGGAGACGUGGCCAACCCAGCGCGAGGUCACUAACAUGCUCGUCUGUUGCUCUAACAAGCUGUGCUGCCGGAUCGUGCGCAUGUCUAAGGCCAAGACCUCGAACGACUUUCCCGGCUACCGCUGGUGCUACAACUGCUGGCCAGAACUGGAGUCGACGACAGUCAAGAUAGUCUGCACCGCGCCUGGUCGUCUGCACGAGUUCAAACUCUCUCGCUUCUUUUACGAGUCUCAGGGUCAGAUCUUACCGCGCCGCUGUCCUAAGCACCGCGAGGGCGAUGAUGCCAUUGAUACUCCCACGACCGGAGCGUCAGCCAGCGGUCCGGACCUAACUACCUGUCGAUUUGCCGCCGGCUGCACUAACAUGACUUGCCCCUUCCUGCAUCCAGUGCCGCCUUGCAAAACGGGUGCGACCUGCGAAAAGUCCGAUUGUUCCUCCCGGCAUCCCGUCGAAGACUGUCGGUACAAGGACAAAUGCAGCAAUUCAAAAUGCCUAUUUCGACACCCUGGUGGCCAUCUUGCUCGCUCUGGCUUUGCCUCUACCUCCACCACUGCGGUCCGGGGCCCGCUACCCGACUGCCGAUACGGUGCCGGUUGCACCAACAAGGACUGUGCCUUCCAACAUCCCGUCUCAAUCUGCCCCAGAGGCGCCGACUGCACCAAGGAUGAUUGCCGGUACCGGCACCCCAAAAGCCGAUCGAGUGUCGAAAUGGCGCAGACUGCCUCGUCCCCAAGUGCAUCUACGAGCACCCUCCCGCAAGUAAGCGACCGUAACAAACUACAAACUUUUGUGUCCUUUAUACGGCUUCCAGGUCACAUGCACAUUCCCGGAACUUUCACGCUAUUUGAGCCGUUCGAUAAAUAA